AUGUAUGCACUCCACUCCUUUGCCCGUGCGUCCCCCUGGCCCAAACCACGGCAGGCUGAAGAGUACGCUGUAUCGCGCGGCAUGGCUGUGGUGGGCGUGUAUGCGGCCAACGAGCGCGUGGACGCACAUGCGCCCGCCCACGUGCCCAUGCCGCUCAGUAGCUGCUGUGCGCUCAACACCCAUUGUGAAUGUGCUCCCUCGCCCGUGUGUCCCCCAUGUCCCAAACCACGGCAGGCAGAGGAGUACGCCUCAUCACGCGGCAUGGCCGUGGUGGGCGUGUACACGGCCAACGAGCGCGUGGACGCACCAGAGCUCGCGGCGGGCACCAAGCGCGUGGCGGACUGUGUUGCCAAGCACUGCUCGCCCGCCUGCUGCCUGCUCCUAGACCCCAAGGUGAUGCAGCAGCUGCUGGGAACAGGCACGGGUGGGCAAGCAGGAGGGGCGGGGGAAUCAGAGUCGAAAUCUGCAACACCAGUGGAGGCUCACCAGGCGUUCAAGCUGUACACGUGUGAUUCAGCCCGUGUGUGGCGCUUUCAAAAGCCGGCUGUAGCAGGGGGGAGCACGAGCGCAGCAACGAUGCGCGUUCGGCCGGCGACAGUGGCCGGCAUUCUUCGGAGCUAUUUGGAGGAGGGACGGCAGUGGCGACUAUGCGAUUUUGAGGAGCACCUGGAUGACGUGUCAAGGGGCAAACAUCCUCCUUUUCCUCCUUUCGACAACCACACCACCACCCCCCUCGUUCCCCUCGCUGUCUCGCCGCAGCGCCAUCGCGGAGCCGCGAUCUUUCAGGGUAGCAGGGUCGCGAUCGUUACUGCUGCGGCAGCGCAAGCAGCUAUGUCAGGCGCAACCGCCGCUCCUUCGCGGGUGUUCUCCUAUAUAUUCAGCGGGAAGAGAUCGCAUGUGUUUGGCGGACUGUUCGCCAUAGGCCUGCUGUCCUAUGUUCCUUGGUACUACAUGACAGCAGGCAAGAAGCAGCUGUCGCAUUCAGACUACAUGGCCAUGCAGGAGAAGGAGAGGAUGAGGAAGCAGCGCUUCUCCACUGCUCCUGUCCACGACGACACUCCUGCUGCUGCACCGUCCCAGGCCUCGUCUCAAUAG